UGACAUUAUGUUUAUCAGUUCUAGGGCCGUAUAUGCAAUCAUUCUCCGGAGGCCCUCUAAAAGUUAGAAAUCCUUUCACUUAAAUAAAGAAUCUCCUUUGUUUCUAUUGUUCUAAAACAAUGGUUCCUUACCAAUAAUUCCAUCAUUCCUACAAUACUGGUCGGUUCCCUUUCAAGCUUGCUUUGUUAUCUCAUAACUGAGAAUGCCAUUUUAUGCAGCUUCCCCUCAAAUCAAAAUUUUUCCUCAGUCGUUGCCCUCAAGACUCCAAGCUUGCUCACAACAGAAGAAACAUUUAGAGGUAUUGUAGCCUGAUUGAUGAAUGUCUUUCGCUAGGUUAUCUAUAGACCUUACCGUUCUCUCCACUCUUAACAGAGUGCCAUUCUUUUUAAAGACUCGUUUUAAGUAUUCUUAACCAUUCAUAAUGACUUGCCAUUCUAAAUAACCCAUUCUAUAGCUUAGGCCCUUAUGCUAUCGGUAACGAACGUUCUUCUGUCUAUAUUAUCAGUGCCUUUCCUAAAGCCAAGCUCUGUUCGUUGAGCAUUUUCUGUUGUCAUGAAUGCAAAUCGCGGGCCACAGCUCAGUGCUCAGCGAAGCUCCUUGCGUACACUGCACAUCAAAGUAAGCAUACGUUAAGAAGAUUCAAGGUUGGAACCCGUUAUAAACGUACGCUGAAAAGAUUCAAAUCAAUCGGCAAACAGGAAAAGGUCUUUGAAUAACCGAGGCGACCCCCAUCUUUGACUCAUGGAUCAUGCGCAUGGAACUUGAUCAUUAUUACGCAUGCUCUUUUUCUCCAAGACGGGGGCUGCCUUGCACGUGAGCAGCCUCGCUUGUAAGUUGCUACUUUGUGUCUGACACAUAAUGCGACAAACAAGCUUGUAUUAUUACAACCCAACAUCAAGAGUAAAAAGUGAUGGGCCUUUCAUUCCUCUAAGAUUGUCUCGGAAGACGUCAUCCUUUCCAACAAUCUCGUCUUGAGAUUGUCGUGAGUUCGUUCUUACUUCGUUUGUCUUUAGCUACUAUGUAAAAAAUUGAAGGUAAAUAAACCUCCUUGUCCCCAAAGCUACCCCUUCUAUUCUUGUCCAACAUCGACUAAGUACCAUUGGUUUAUAUGCAACCAGAGAUUGCAAUGUUGCGUUAUCGGAUCGCCUUCUGUUUUUUUCAAGUUUUCAGCUGGAGAAGCCUCUGCUUGGUUCUAGCCUCAGUUUAGGGAUACUACAGGAAAUGUGAAAAGGAGGCUAAACCGGUUCUUUAGAAAAGAUCACGCAGGUUGUCCCGCUAUUCAACUGUAACUGUAAUGGAACCUGUUAAGAGGCUAGCAUUUCCAAUCUAGCUACCUUAAUCGGUAUCUAAAGAUCACCUGGUGCUUUCGUGGUUGACUGGGCACGAAAAUUUGUCAGUUGCUUUGAGUCCUCCAUUUUGAAGUCGCGGUAAAUGAAAGCUUUUUGUAUCCUUCCAAGAUUUUGAUAUAUUUUGCGGAGCUUAACAAUAAUCUCGGUUACUGCAAUGGAAUUUUCCCCUGGAUAGUGGCGCGUGUGUCGGAUCCAAAAUGGAGGACAUUUUAGAAGAAAUUUCGAGAGACUCGACAUCAGCAAGGCUGAAACACUUGAAAGAAGCUUGCGUCACUGCUAACGAUUACUUAUACGAAUCAAAGAAUGGGAAAUCAAGGUUGGAACCGCAUGAACUAAGGCAACAAUGUUUGCUUCCAUUCAAAUUCGCCCUCGAAUCGCGGUCUGCAAAAUUGUCAACACUUGCACUAACAGGCUUACAGAAACUAAUGUCAGAUGACAGGUUUCGCUCCACCGGCGAGGAAGGGAUUGACUACCAACUCCCUGUUCAGUUCUUAAACACGAUUAUAGCCACACCAACGUUUUCUGAUGAUAUCCAAAUGGAAAUAAUGAAGCUGUUAUUGAUCAUUACCUGUUCUGCAUCAUGUGAAAUUCAUGGUGAAUAUUUGAUCGACAUUGCAGAGAUAUGCCUAGAAACAUUUAUCCGCUCGCAUCAAAGUGCAACAAAGGCAGCAUGCAGAGCUACUCUUACUCAAAUGCUUACCUCUGUAUGCCAAAGACUACAAGACAGCUUGGUGCCCAAGGGACCGGAAUCAGAAUCUAGAUUAAAAAAAAAGGAGCUAAUUUUGACCGAUGCUAGCAAAGUGCUUAGCCAAGACACUGUACUGCUGCUCAAACAUUUCAGCACUGGAAUUCAAAAUGCAAAUAGUGGGUCGCAACCUGGCCUCGCAUUGCCGCUGUAUCUCGAGGCAGUCCAAGUUAUGUUAUGUAAGCUUUCGACAGCUGUGCAGCAAGACAAAGAAUUCAUCAACGUAAUUUGGCAAGACCUAAGCCCAGCUCUGGUGCAGCUUCUUGGCUCUCCAUUAUCAGAUGUUGGCAAGAAAGGUAAACAACUGGGCUCUGCGUUUACUGACGAUGGUCGAGGGGUGCGUGGACCAGGAAAGAAUCUUACCCAAAUGUCGAUAGCUAAAAGUGUAUAUAACAUCGCUGGUGAGCUUGUACGCCUUAUCGGUCCAUUGGCAUCGCUUAGAUCUACUCUAGAAGCACUGUUCCAUCGAAUUAUCUUGUAUCCACCACCGCAACAUCGGAUGGACGCCCUACGAGUCAUCAAAGAGCUGCUUUGCAAUCCGCAGAGAGUACUUGAUCUCGCAGGACCAACGCAGAAUGACCGCGAACCAGGGAGUCCUGAGUCUCCUACUGAACAGAAAAAAUCAGACCUUGAUCUGUUUAAACUAAUCAUGGAUGGCAUCCAAGAGGCAUCGCACUGUAAUGAAGGGUCAGUUUGUAGUGCCAGUGUUGCGUGCACCGUUGCUUUGCUAGGCACGCUAGAAGAGCUGAGUCGUGGAGCUGGUCUUUCAGCUGAUCACAUUGAAGCCAUGGAGAGGAUGACCGAACCUGAUAAUUGGAUGGAGAUGUACAACACUAGUCAAGAUGAUAAUGCGGCUUCGGCGAGACAACCAGCUUUGAUCAGUGGAAACCUGGAAGAUACUGACGAAGAAGAAGAAGAUGAGGAGGGACACCGGAAAAUGAAGCCGAAACACAUCAGAUGGCAAUUGGAAGACGAAAAGGACACUUCUGAUAGCGAAGAAGAACAUGUGUAUAAUGGGCCUAAGACAGUGAGGUGGGCCCCUGAAAACGAGGAACUCGAGACUUCACGAACUUCGCUCAAGGAUGUCCAAAAGCAGAAGCGUCGUUUAAGUUUAUUUUGUAAUUUUUCCGGCCAUUUUUCAGGCUCUCGAAAAACUGGUAUACCACGCUCAACACGUUCUGGUGCAUAUGCUGACAUCAAACCUCGUACUGACACAGGACUUAGGGCUCCAAAAGGAGGCAUUUCAAACCGCACACUGUCAAGGCGACAAUCGCAUGUCAAGGAUCUUUUUCAUGGCGCUGCGGAGAGCAAGCUUCAUCGGUCCUCCUCAGCCAUUGAUAUACGGCCAAGAAAAACUCGCCAUCCUAUGUCAGUCCCCAAUUAUCCUUUAAGAAGAACCAAAUCGUUAGGCGAUAUAUUUGCUCGUUACACGAGAAACAAAGGGCCUAAAAUUGAUGUCGAUUAUGAGUUUUUUGAUGAUGCUGUUCGCAGUCGUAUGAAAACUGGACGGAGUGGGAUGAAGCGGCCAAGAACGAGUCUAGGUUUUCCACGAUUAUCAAUCGAUGUUACCCGUGGUGGUGGCAAAUUCUUCCAAUCUCCGAUUAACAGACCAGAGAGGAAGGAUGCCUCAGAUAAAGAUCCUAACUUCAGAACACUACGCCCUAUUCUCAGGAGGUCUAGAUCCCUUAACGAAAGUGAUAGACCACAACAUUUGAACACUGACGACGUUUCAAAGGGGGAGCCUGAAGCAAAGCAAUCAGAAACUGAUAUGAAAAAGGCUGCAAAAUUGGAAACGCCAAAGUCACCGAGCAAAGAGACCACAAUUAAUGGCAUACCCCUCAGUAAAUUGUCUAAACAGGGCACAAAAGCUACUAGCAAAGGCGGCAAAUUGGGAAACGGCAAAGUUGAAGAGGCCGAGAAGAAGACGAUUGAAGAAGAUGAAAAGGAGGGAGCCCGGAAUUUUGCACGCUGUUUGUUGGGGAUUUUGCCGUCGGUUUUGUCUUUGACUGAGCCACAGGCAGUGGACGAGGCACUUCAGCAGUUUGCAUCGGAUGUUUGUGAAGCUGUUUGCUGUAUGGCAUUGAAGAGGAAGAAUGUCCCUAAUUUUGGCACAUUGAUGCGACAUUUUGAAGAGGAAGAUGAACAGGAAUAUGGUGACCCGUUAUUAAAUGCUGAUGGAGUCUACCUUACUGUGCUUGAGACUCUCUCAUUGAAUUACAGGCUGAAUAAAAUCGGUUAUUACAAGAAAAAGAGUGUCGACCCUGUCAUAAGCCAGGAAGCAUUUGUCUCCAGCAUUUUGAACAACAGCAUCGAAGUUCGUCUAUCAAAAGUUUGGUUAUCCGAAGUUUAUCGCCUGGUUACAACGUAUGACAUCCUGUCCAAAGCUGGGUUUAACCAGGAGUCUUCAGAGACAAAUAGAGCUCUGAUUUGCAUUUUGUCAGAGAGCUUUUAUUCCAGCUCUUCUAACCCUCCUGGAAGAGUUAGUGAUACCGAAAAAGAGACAAAAUUAUCUUCGAAUCAAGUCAGCUCCGAUUGCCAAUCACCGGCUGUCAGAGAGGGAAUCAAAUUCGCACGAAAACUGCUGCUAGCUACAUGGGACCCCGUUCUAGAAAUUCUUGGCCUACCCCUAGAUACUUCAACUAAAAUCAUCGCAGGGAACGGCAGUAUUGGUAUGGCGCUAAUGUUAGGAAAUGAGGGCAUCAAGGAAAACAUUUUCAAAGAGCGAGAUAUGAUUUGCCUCAGCCUAGACGGGUUCCGCAGAGCAGCACGAUUAUGCUGUACACUUGGUAUUCAAGCAAGAUGCGAGACAGUUCUGGGAAGGCUUGCUGAAGCAUCGUGCGGGGAUCAAAUAAACGAGCGAAAACUCAAGUCAAUGAGCCAAGCUGGGCCGCUGCGCUUGCACGCUGCGCACGUACUCAGUAUGGAUGCUCUACUUGCAGCUGGACUGGAACUUGGUUCCCAUGCCCCUAAGUGUUGGUCACAUGUUUUCAGAUGUUGCCUCUACAUUUCUCAUCUCGAACAUGCCCAUUUCAACUCAAGUGAAACGUCAUCGGUCGCCUCACUUUCACUGCCUCUUAACCCUGUGAGCGACUUCUCUCCCGUAUCAGAAUCGUCUAACAUAUCUGAGGACAACGUUUCAGUUGAUGGAGUCGACCCAAAUGGGGUUUCGAAAGGAUCCACUCCAUAUAAUGGUGUUCUAUCGCCAGAAGACGCAUCAAGGGCUGUGUACGCUUUGUCUUCGGCCGUCGAUAACUUAUUCGAAACUGCGUCGAAUACGCUGAGCAUAAACGCCUUGCUGGAGUUUCUCAAGGCUUUAAUAGCUGCCUCGCAGAAGCAGCUUUUUGAUAAAUCGAAAGACCGGAGAAAUCCGCAGGAAGCUCAGAAUGGCUACGAGGUGUUUCAAAGUUAUAUUCCAAUGAACACUCUCCAUCUUUAUCAUAUUUGUGACGUCAUGCUUAGAUGUGCAAGAAACUCAAAUAGGACUUUACUACAUAUAAUGAAAGCAUGGAACCUUGUUUCUCCACACUUGGUUGAGGCCGCCUGUCAUCGUGGACGUCACAUUUCCAAGGUAGCUUUAACAUCAACACAUGACAUCCUCAGCGAAGUUCUUAAGCGAAGAAACGAAUCGACGCAUUUCUGGUUCCAUGAUCUUCUGUUUAAGCCGUUUGAAAGUCUCCUUUCCUUUGAAGUCUACGAUGAAGACAUUCAGGACCAAGUUUUAUACACAAUUUACGAGCUCGUAGAAGGCUUCAGUGGAUCAAUAAAGUCAGGCUGGUGUUCACUUUUUGGAGCCCUCCGGAACACACAGAUUCACAGCAGGAGAUUAAGCGAUGGUUUUGAUGAUACGAACCAAAGACAGGCUCUUCUCUUCAAUAUCAUUGACAACUUCAUCAACAUAAAAAGCACUGCAGUGUUUGCUGCAGCUGCCAUCGACUGUAUCCUGUGCCUGUUGAAAUUCCUUCGUGGUAGUGACAGCAGCCAUUUAGAGACAACUGAUGACAGCAAAAGUGACAUUGACAGCAUUGUUAGUGACAUUCCAACGUACGACCUUUGUAUUCCAGCACUGACUGCUUUGUCAAAUAUUUCUAAGCGAUUGGCAUCUGUCUAUUUACAACCAUCCAGUGCAAUUUUCCAUGGAUCAUACUCUAUCGUGUUGGUUGAUUUGAGCCAAGCACACGACAAAGUAUGGGAUGAUAACUGGUCAAAUGCCUCUGGCAGCUCUGUAGGCUCUGACUCAGAACUCAAAGGGUUCUCCUCUACCGCCAAAUCAAUCACUGCUAUUGAUGACACAGGGAUACUGCGAGUCUGGUUCUUACUUCUCGAAGGCUUGACAAGUGCUGUUGGGACAUGUCCAAGGCGAUUUCAAGCCCAGACGAUUGAUCUCCUAUUCGAAAUUCUACGUUCAAUUUCCACUGUUCCUGGUCCGCAUUUUUCGAUGUUCGCAAUAACCCACUUACUUUUGCCAAUGCUACAGUCUUGGGUUCAAAAAAGCGCCAAACACCGUCAUCAUUUUGAGAGCACAUUCAACAACUUCAAACAUGCCUGUGGCCAGGCUACCCAACUGGUUGUUGAAGAAAUGAGACAUUUCCUCAGUGUAGAAGGUGCAAGCGAAUGUGUUCCUACCAUGGUAAAACUCCUUCUUGACCUGUUCAUCGAGUGUGUAGGACAGCCUUUUGAAGCCAUUGCAAGACUAGGGUGCUCAUGUUUAAGGCAUUUGCUGUUAUCUGCUGGUCCGCAAUUCUCAGAAGAGCUUUGGCAUAACGUAUGCAAAGGAAUUGAGCAAAUAUUUAAUGCAACACUGGCGAAUCUGAAGGAGCUCAUAGUUUGUUUUCAGCCCGGGAGUCUAAGUGUAAAUGGAGAUAAUGGAAUGCAUGUGAAGGUAGUUGCGCGCAAAGAUUCUCCUCCGCAUGAAGCUGCCAGGUUUUUACAGAUUGCUGAGCAGGUUUUCUUGCUGGAGUCACAGAUUGGAAUGGCAACACCCAAGAAUUUCUCAGAGAACAGCACUGAAGAUGACGACUGCAGGUCCUUUAUUUUCGUACUCAGCCUAAAUGAAGCAAAGGACAAGCCGGAAACAGCAAAAACAAGGAUCCCAUUCAAAUCGAUUAUGAUUGGUCUGUUGGCAAAUCAAAUCCUGGUUCACACAUUAGGAUCCAUUUUACUUGAGAAUUCCGAUUCCAGCAGUUUGUUUACCAACACAGUCCUGGCAUCCAUUACUGAUUCCGGUUUGGUGAAAAGAAACCCGGAUGAUUCAAGUGAAAGUCCGCUGCCGGGCCUGCUGUGUUACCUUUCACCUGCGAAUCUCUCAAUCCUAUUUGAUUGCCUACUUGAAACAAACCGGGUUGCACAUGAUUUUAACACAAGACCCGGAUUGAAAGCGCUUUUUCAGAAACUAGGGAAGCUCCCGGCGCCAGCUAAUUUGUUGCGACAGUCAAUUACAUCAUACGCAUAUUAUCUGAAUACAUUGUUUCAAAUUUCACGACACGAUGGUGAGAGUUUCUCGAUAUCGCAUAUAAAACGGAUACUGACCGGAGAAAAGUCUGCUAUGGAUUCAGCACCGGAUACUCGUAAAACCGGGAAAGAAGACACCGGGCUACCACCUUUAGAUAAACACAAAGAUUUGUUAAAAGGUGGCAGAAAUAUAGACUGGAUUGUUCAUCGUCUUCAUGAAGCUUGCAAUCAACUGAGCAGCACUUACAUUAAACUUCAUGCAUCGGAUAUAGUUGAGCAAGAUUCCGGAUUCGACUCACUCUCAACCUCCUUUUCUACGCCUAUAUCGAGUCCAUUCAAAGGACAUGUACAUCCACACGAUACGUCGUCUCAGGAAAGUCUUGACAUAAUGAGAAUCGGCAAGCAAAUGGAGAUCUCAGGAAAAGAGUAUUCUCCUUUUAGGUUUCCACGAUUGCGAAAAGAUGACGAUGGCAGGUUUUCUGAACAGGACAGUAGAGAAUCGAUUCAUUUGAAUAAGCAACAGCAACAACAAAUGCUGCGCAGACGAGAGGAUGAAAUUGUGCACUUGAAUGCGUGGGCGCAGCUUGUUAUAAACAUUCUAGAGCUGCUUCUUGCUUUGCCUACGUUGCAGUUUAAGUCGGUUCUUCCCGCCGUUUUUCCGUCUGUUACCUCACUCAUAACAACUGUUUGGGACCCAAGAGUGCGACAACUUGUGUGCAAUGUUGUACGACGAUGUGGUGCCAUUUAUGGCAUUGUUUGAAACAAGAAAUUCGAAUUGUAAAUUGACCGUCAUAUGUUCCUACGGUAGAAUGUCGCAACUGGAUAGAUUGGGAAGUAAGACAAUUACUUACAGUUUUCCAAAAAGUGCUUUUUUGAAAGAUUGAUGCUCUUCCUCCCCCACCCAGAGCGUUUAAAUAUCCACACACAACGGACGUCGAAGCGAUACAGAACUUCAGUAACCCACCCCAGAGGGUUACCCACAAGCAAAAUCCCAGAAGCCACUACGGAAACUUCUAACAGAUGGAGGAUAUUUCACAUCAUUCGAUACACGUGAUAAAUUCUUUUAAUUAGAAAUUAUUUAAUGAUCAAGUUGAAGUAAAAUUCUUUAAAACUCAUUUUAAAAUUGGCCAGCUAAUUCUGUACAAAGUGGACGUUUCUGGAUUCAAAGGAAGAGACCAAUAAAUGCGCAUUUAUGGUUGCACUUGUGAUAGAUUCUUUGCCUUCAAUCGUUCCGCAAGUAAAUGUUCUUUUCAGAUUCGCAAAUCAGUUUUUGCGAGUGCGUCUCUCAUUUUCAGAUUGAAAAUACAAGAUUGUUUCCUAAAGAAAAGUCCUCUCAAGGUAGGUUUUCCGGGAUAUAAUGGAAAAAAAAGAAAUGAUAAACUGGAAGCCUAAUCGUGUCUUAUUAAAAAACCCGCUUAAAGAAUGAGGUCCUUUAACUAGAAAUAAAAUAUCAAAGGUUCGAUUGAUCUGUUAGAAACUUUAACUAAUUUGUUCUGAGAAGAAUUGUAUCUUCUCUGAGACUUCAUUAUUGUACAAUAUAUAGAUUUGAUGUCUAUUGCCUAUAUUAUUAAUAAAGAAAUAUUUUGAAAUCUAUUGUACAUAAGAUGAAAAUUGAGUAAAAUAUAUAGUACUGAACAAAUUAUGUCUUAUUUCUAGCUAUUUUCUGUGAUCUUACAUUCCUAGAACGAAAUAGUUUGACAAGAUUUCUUGCAUA